UAGUUGUUAUCUGUGUAACGUCAGGAUGAAACGUAUUUGUAUCUUGUUACUGUUGAUAUCUGUGUCAAUAAGGGCAGAUCCUCAGUCAUACCUUCCUGGCGAGAAUAUAAGACAAGUAGUAAUUACGGGCAAUUUAGCCUUUUGGCAGUUGAUGAAAAAAGAAACUGGGGACAGGUUAUCAACAAUUUUAUCAAAAUAUCAACCUCAACGUGAAAGUGAUCAAGAUAUUAUUGACGACAUAAGCAAAGGCAAAAUCUCUGUAGAUCGCAUAAUACUGGAUCAACUCACUGAUUUACCGUCACAAAAUUUUGGAUCUGAAGUUUUCUUCCCAUCUCCUCAAUUGAAUGAAAAUUAUGGUAGCUUUAUUCAUGAAAUUAGAAUAACUCAGGAUCUAGGAGAAGGAGAUCUUGAAAAUCAAGAAAAUAAUGGAACCUUACCGUUCAAAAUUUUUGUACUUAAUGAUGGUCAAAGAGGUAGCGAAGAUAAGGAAGAUAGUGGUAAUGAUGGAAGCUUUAUACCAGGAAAUACAGAAAAUCCUAAUAAUCAAGAAAACAAUGAUAAAACACCCGAUGGACUUAUAAUCGAUAGUAAUAGUGGAGGGCCGUUUACUAAUUAUUUUCGAAGUCCCACAAAAUCUGAGUAAAAGUUAUUGAA